AUGCCCUCCGAUAUAUUCUGGAUUUUUGCGGUGCAGUUGUGUCUGAUGUGGGCACCGGGCCCUCUCUAUGGACACCUCAUUGACACCUACGGACCAGCCCCCGUCCUCUACCCCUGCAGCUUUCUGUGUGUCUUCUCCUUGUGUAUGAUCAGUCUGGCGGACCAAUACCACAAGUUCUUCUUGGCCCAAGGCUCGGGUUUCGGAAUUGGAUACGGCGGCGUGUUCACCGUGGCCAUGCUGUGCGUGUGCCAGUGGUUUAUCCGGCGACGAAGGUUAGCCACGGGUAUCGCCAGUUGUGGCAGCAGCCUGGGAGGUGUCAUCUUCCCCAUCUUCCUAAAUUGGGUGAUGCAGCAGGUGGGCUUCUACGGAGCCAUCCCAGUCGGGAUGAUUGGCAUUCGCUUCGCUUCGUCGUGCUUUUUGAUCCGCCCUCACCUCCCACGUAAGAAAUGGAUCGUGAUGCCAAGUGUUUUGACGUGA